AUGGCAGCUAGAGUUGUGAGUCAAAUGAGUAAGUUUCAGCAUAUCACACCUGUUUUGCAGUAGCUUCACUAGCUACCGAUCUAAUACCAUAUUAUUUUCAAGAUUCUGCUUCUAGUGCAUAAAUUGCUGAAUGGGGCAUCGCCUAGCUAUUUAGCUCAGAAACUAUAUUAUCAUUCUCCUACAAGAUCACCUAGGUCUGUUAGUAAUGAACUUUUAAUGCAACCUAGAUCGUAUACUAAGACUUAUGGAGACAGCAUUUGCUUUUCAUGCGCCAAGAGAAUAGAACUUAAUACCUUAAGAAAUUCGGAAGUCCAACACCAUCUCAAUUUUUAA